CUGUUCGUAAACGUUCAACAGAUACAAUUUCUACAAUUUCCUAUCUCUAGGGGUGGAGAAGGGGAAAGCGGGGUCCUGGCGUUCGCAUGCUCGCGGCUGCGUGUGAAGCACGACUAUUGGCUGGGAAUGCCCGGCCUCGGUAGAGAGCUGAGGAAGCGCCUGCUGCAGGAGAGCAGGGAGCGAGUUGCGGGAGUUUGUGCCUUGCUUGGCUGGGUGACAUGGAGGAGCUGGACGUGGAACCUAUGGUUACACUGAUUCCAGAAGUGAAUUCUGACAAGAAGCAGUUAUGUUUUGAGUGGGGACCUGGGGAGAUGCUGGUCUGUGAAACACUGUUUGGAUCAACAGAGUGUAAAGAGAAAAGGCCUGGUUGUCCCUAUGUCUACGUUGUUCGCAAAGAUCAAGAUGUAUACUCUCAGACUUUGAGGAAGCUUUUCAAUGAAUCACAUGGGAUCUUCGUCGGGCUUCAGAAAGAUGAGAAAGAAAAAGUUGGGAAGGCAAGGACUGCCCAGUUGGUUCGAGUGAGCAAAAACUACCGCUCAGUCAUAAGAGCCUGCAUGGAAGAUUCACAUCAGAUGGCUAUUUCAACACGGGACCCAGUAAUGCACAUACAGCACAGUACUCAGGUCUCCAUUCUCUCUGCGAUGGAGUUGAUCUGGAAUCUUUGUGAAAUCAUGUUCAUUGAAGCGGCACCAGCUGGACCUCUCCUGUGUCACCUCCUUGACUGGGUUCGUCUUCAUGUGUGUGAGGUGGACAACAUGGUUUGUGAAGUUCUGAGGAGCAAAAGUCCGGCAAAACAUGAACAAUUCUGGAAUGUGAUAACCAUCUUUGUGCUACAAGGCCGGAUGGAUGAGGCCAGACAACUACUGUCUAAGGAAGCCAAUACUAAUCCCACUUCUGUGAGCAUGUGCAAAAUUUUGGAUGAGUUGAUGAAGAAGAUGCCUGUUCUCUGUCCUAGCAACACCCAGACUUUGACAGAGAUGGAGCUGAAAUGGCAGCAUUGGCAUGAGGAAUGUCAACGGUUCCUAAAAGAUGGGACAUUUGCUUCUAAUCCCCACAUGGAAACCCUUUGCAAGAUUCUAUUGGGUGAUGAGAGCACCAUUUUAGAGAAGAAAGACCUCAUGACUACUUGGUACCAUUUUUUGGUAACCCGGCUGUUGUACUGUCAUCCUACCGUGAAGCAUGUGGAACUCCAUCUCUAUGCACAAUCCAGCCUGGACCUGUUCCUGGGAGGAGAAAGCAGCCCUGAGCCUUUAGAUAGCAUCUUGCUAGCAGCCUUUGAAUUUGAUAUCCAUCAAGUGAUUAAAGAAUGCAGCAUUGCCCUGAGCAACUGGUGGUUUGUAGCCCAUCUGACAGACCUACUGGAUCACUGCAAUCUCCUCCAAUCUCACAACCUUUAUUUUGGUUCCAAUAUGCGUGAAUACCUCCUGCUGGAAUAUGCUUCUGGACUCUUUUCCCAUCACAGUUUGUGGCAGCUUGCAGUAGACUAUUUUGACCACUGUCCAGAAUAUGGUAGAGCAUACUUGGAGCAUCAUAUUGAACGGAUCCCUCUCGACACAGAGCAUAAAGCCCUCAAAGUACUGAGGAUCUGUGAACAGAGAAUGAUGAAUGAACAAGUUCGUAGUAUCUGUAAGAUCAUGGCCAUGAAAGCUGUCCGGAACAAUCGCCUUGGCUCUGCUCUGUCCUGGAGCAUCCGGGCAAAGGAUGCUGCAUUUGCUACCCUCAUAUCAGACAGAUUUCUGAAGGAGUAUUGUGAAAGAGGCACUUUUUCAGACUUGGACCUUAUUGACAACUUGGGACCAUCCAUGCUGCUUAGUGAUCGACUGACAUUUCUUGGGAAGUACCGGGAAUUUCAUCGGAUGUAUGGUGAGAAGCAGUUCCUUGCAGCAGCUAAGCUGCUGUUAAUGUUGAUGACAGCUCGUAUUGCUCCUUGCUCCUUCUGGAUGACCCUGUUGACUGAUGCACUUCCACUCCUGGAGCAGAAAGAGGUUAUAUUCUCUGCUGAUCAGACAUAUGAACUGAUGAAAUGUCUGGAAGAUGUGACAGCAGCAGAAUCAAAAAAACAAAAGCUCCAGGAUGAUGCUGAGACAAUGAAGGUGGAAAUACUAAGACUCGCUCUAGCACGAAACCUUGCCCGGGCCAUUGUGAAAGAAGGCACAUUGGAAGAAUCAUGAGAGCAGCUCACAAACUUUGCUCAUUGUCUUACUGUACAUACCAUGGCUGUUUUUUCUAGGAAUAAAUGUCAUUGUUUGCA